GAUCCUAUGCCUCCAAAGCCAGUGUGCAGUGCAAAUGUCUGGACUUUCGUCAACACUGACCACGAAGCAGCGCUGGUGGACUUUAUGCCGUAUUUGGCAAUGCUGCGUUCCCCCUUCCCCGUGUAGUGCUAAAGUUUGGUCCGCUGGCAGACCAGAUGCCUCGUCCGCCAGCCCAGGCGGGCGAUACCCUGGCGCGUUCCACAAUGGAUUACACAGCAGUCACAGCAGGCGCACAGGCGCGGCGUAGCGGGCCACAGCACUGCCCGAUCGACGAGAAUCCCGCGUGUUCUCCUGAUGCACUCAUGCAGCUGUACAACCGCUCCGAGUCGCUCUUGCCCAACGGCAAGCGGACACGCAACAUCCUGUGGCGGAUGAGCACCCGGCGGGCUCUCAAUCAGAAGCGCCAGCGCGCAAGACAGGCAAUGGAUCGCAAGAACAAGUCCUUGGCAGCGGCGAAUAUGGACAUCGGCCAUAGUCGCUCAGAUCGGCGCGAAAGCAGCGUGGCCACGCUGGUCAACAAUCCGAUUGCUGCGGCGAUGUACGGGACACAAGGCCCGCAGCUGGGGAAUAUGCAGCGGAGGGCAUCGUCUCAGACCGUUGUUGCUGGCGAACAGCAGCAGCAGCCUAUGCAGAUGAUGCAGCAUAGCCAGAGUGCGUUCGCCGCGAUUCACCAGCAGCAGCAGCAGCAGCUGAUGCAGAACCACAGCGGGUCAUUGUUGGACUUUGAUUUGGAUAUGGAGCUGGCGAGGCCGCUGGAGCAGCUGUGGGGCGCAACGCCGUUCGAUGCCUCGCUGUUUAUGAUGCCAGGUACACAGUCAGCAGCCAUUCCUGGCCCUCAACAGCAGACACAGCAACAGCAGGCCCAGCAACAGACUUGGCCAACAUCUGCUGGAUUCCCAAUGCCAAGCGCCCUUCUGGGCGGACCCGGGCUAGACGCAAUUACCAGCACGAUCUUUGACACGCGGUUCAUCGAUGCCCGCGCCUCAGCACUGGGUCAGAGCACACCGUCCGAGGCUGCGGCCCAGCCUGGCGACAGCAGCACCAGCAGUAGCGGGGGCCAGGAGACCGGGCUUCUGUCGAGUAACCCGCUGCAAUCGCCUGUGCCGCUGCAUUGGUCUGAGGAGCAGAGCGGCGGCUCGGACUUGGAGCAGCACCGGAGCCACAGGUUUGCCGAAGUGGGCAUUGGGUCGUCGAUGCACCAGCCACCACACAUGGGGCUCAGUAGGUCCACGCCCAGCCAUGGCUGCGGCCCAGCUAGCAGCCGCCCCGAGCCGGCGACGUUAUCGCCAGCCGCCGCCGCCGCCGUCGUCGUCCGUGCAGAAGCAGGCUGAAGGUAAGUGUUGCUAUGUGAGUGAGUGCGGAUUGAUCCGGAAGGGCUGUGACGAUACGCAGCGCUGGUUAUGCAAAGAGGAAAAUGCGG